AUGAGUGACAUUCAUAUCAAGUACCAUAUUACUUCGUCCAUUUGGAGCAGCAUUAAGAGUGAGGUGGAUGGUGUGUCUAAUAACAUUAUAACUAUCCUGGAUGACGGUUGUAACACUAAUUUUUGGCUUGACCAUUGGUGUGAUCCUCCUCUGAUUUCUAGGAUACAGGAUCCUGAGGAUAUCGAUACCAAUUAUUUGGUUUCUGAUUUCUUACAUAAUGGCUCUUGGAAUCUUCCUACUCACAUUAUCAAUAAAAUUCCUAACUUGUCUUUGAUUGCAGGUAGAAUUACUAUUCCUAUUGAUAGCAUGCUUGAUAGCAGGAUUUGGAUUCAUUCUAGUUCUGGGAACUUAACUCUUAAAGAUGCUUACAGCUUAAAGUCAAAUACUUCUUCUACUCAUCAUUAG